CUUGAAAAUCAGUUCAGCACCAGUUUUGCCGAUAAGAAGUUAAUAAAAGUUUUCUUGUCUUAAAUAAAAUACCGGUUAUCAACACCAAAAAAUAUUGUUAAAGUGAAUUGAAAUUAUUCAUUUAGUGAUUGAGUAUAAAGUUAACAAGCAUUUCUUUAUGCACUGGAUAAAAAUAUUUUUCAAAAAUAUUUUAAAGUGGUGUUGAAGUCUUCGUAUUAGUAGUGGAACUUUCUUGUCUACUCAGACAAUUUGCUCGAAAGUGUGGUAUUGAAAUUUUUGGUAUCAGAAAAAGAAAAAAUAAAUGCUUUUACCAUGAUGGUUGGUUGCUAAGUAAAUGUUGAAAGUACAAUUAAAUAAGUCGUGCAUCUUUUGCAAUAAAAGUUUGAGUGUGAAAGAGUGGAGAAUUAGAAUAAAUUUUAUUUCUAAAUUCUAACCUUACUUAUUACGAAUUUUGAAGUUAUUUUUUGUUCGACUGAAAAUUUUCAACUUUUCGUGUGACGGUGAAAAACAAUCGAUUAUUGCGCAUAAAGUGUUAAAGGAGUGCAAUCGACAUCAUGGAAGUAUCGACUGCUGGGUCGUCGAAUUCUUAUGCGAGCGUCUUAAAUCCUUCGGAAAAUUCUCCGAAACAAAAGGAAAUUACGAAUGAUAAUAAUAAAGAAAAUAUCCCUGGCAAAAUUCUCACUGAUAAAGAUGAUCAAAGGACAACUGAUAAGCCAAGAGAUAAUGACAACGAUGCCGCAGACAGUAAGCCCAAUGAGGAACUCGAUGAAUCAGGAUUUGUGCCAGUAAUUUCACAUGCGAAGAAAGACAAAAAAAUGCGACAAAUGGAAAGGCGAGGUGGCGACCAACGUGAUGCAGGUGGCAAGCCUCCAAAAGCGGCCACAUCAAAAUCACAAGAACGUCCUGAAAAGCCAAGACGAAAUCGUCGUGAUCGUAAAGCUGUCAAAGAUAAAGUAAAUUCUACAAAUCAAGCAAAUCAUCACGAAUCAUCGGACCCCGACAAAGCUGCUGACUCUAGUGACGGACAAAACGAUAAGAAAAUAAAGUUUAUUGAAGCUCCAUUGCCACAGGUUAAUCCGUGGGUUAAAACACAAGCACUUACAUCAUCAUCAGAUGCAGACAAAAAAUCAAACUCACAGCCUAAACCAGCAAAAGUUCAAACGCAUGUUGACAAUAAAGAACUGACGGCUUCAAAGGUGGUCAAGCGUGGAGUAAAGUCAGCGGAAACAGCACAGAGUAAAUUAGUUGAUACAUCGGAUUGGCCGACAUUGGGAUCGGAAGCAGCGGCAGUUUCAAACAACAAUAAGAAGGAAAUAACAAAUGCAACAUCGAAUGCUUCUGAUGAUGGUGCAAAGCGAGUCAAUUCAAAGCCCAAGUGGAAUCGUUUCGAUGUUGAACCGAAAUCGUUACCGUCACAGAAUCGACGAAAAUCAGAUCGCAGUCCACCGAGACGAAAUAAUCGUGAUGAUCGAGAUUAUUAUUCAAGACGUGACGAUAGAACGCGUGAUGAUGAACGAUCAAGUAGACGUGGUGGUAACGGUAAUCGUGGUAGUGUGCCAUCAACUUCAAGUCGUAAUGCAAGAAAUAAUCCCGUUUCACAGACAGCACCCGGAGCUGCAACUGCAGUUACAUCGUCUGGUAAUAUAAAAUCAGCUGCGCCACGUGGAGCACGUCGUGAACCAGCUUACAUUACACGAAGCAAUAGGCCAUCGUAUACUGAAAGCAAAACGCCAGGACUGAAUGGAAAUCCCAAUGUACCAAUUAAAAGCUCAGAUCAUUAUGAUGCCAAAAAACAGAAGCCGCUUCUUGGCCGACCAAUCAUCAUUGAUCCGACACUUACGCCAAUUGUGACUGCCCAAAAUAUUUACGGAACUUACUACUUCAAUGGUCCAGCUCCGUUUGCUUUGGAUACAAUUGGAAAUAUCCGUGAUUCAAUCAAAAAGCAAAUUGAAUAUUAUUUCAGUGAAGAGAAUUUGAAUCGUGAUUUCUUUUUACGACGUAAAAUGGAUCCUGAAGGCUUUCUUCCUAUUACUCUCAUCGCAUCAUUUCAUCGUGUACAAGCGCUAAGCGCUGAUCUGGCAUUGGUAAUUACAGCAAUUAAAGAAUCGGAUAAGUUGGAAGUUUACAAGGACUUUAAAGUUCGUACAAAAUUAAAUCCAACCAAAUGGCCUUUGAAUGGUGAAGCGCCAAUAAUAUUAACAGGCGAAUCAUCAGCAUCAUCAAUACAACAACAACAACAUGUUGAGCAUCAGCUGCCACCUGUUAUCACAGCAAUAACAGCAAUGCCUGUUGCAAUUGAGCCAAUUGCUGUUGUUGCUCAACCAGUGUCUGAAAUCUUAUCAAAUAUUCCACCCCCGCCAAUAUUGAGACAUUCGCGUAAGAAUAAUAAUAAUAAUCUACCGAAUGAUGUUGCUGCUACAGGACUAAAGAUUGAAGUGAAACCACCACCAACACCACAAUCAGCAACAAACACAACAGCUGCACAAGCUACCACUAAUUCUGCGGUUAAUGAUAACUUAAAUCCUGAUGUAUCUGCAUUUGUUCCCAAAACGUCGCCAAAAAACGAGGUUGCUGAGGCUGUUCAGCUUCCACCAGCACAUCAGCAUAACUCAAUUGAAAUGGAAGCAACAUCAUCACGAACAUCUGAAGAUGCAAAUAUUUGGAAAGAGGUGAAACGUCGUUCAAAAACUGCUCAACAACAAAAGGAUAUUACGCCUCAAUCAUCUGCCACUGGCAUGAAAGCUGAAAAAGAGGAAUUAGAUUUUCAAUUUGAUGAAGAAAUUGAGCAUGAAAUUCCUCACAUUGGUGGUCGUGUUAACAAUUUUUCGGAGUUUUCGGAAGAUGAGGAAUCGGAUUUUGAAUUGUCAGAUCGAGAUAUUAACAAGCUUUUGAUUGUUACGCAAGUUAAAACACGUCCUCCAAAGCACGAAGGCUACGAUCGAACGGGUGAUUGGACAACGCGUGUUAAAAUUGGUCAAGAUUUAGAACAAGUCAUCAAUGAUGGCUUACAUAACUAUGAAGAGAAUUUGUUAGUCAGUCGACCGGCACAUAAGUCGGUUAAUGUUAUUACACAAGAGGAAUUCGAAAAGAUUGUGCCGAAAGUACCGAAGAUAAUCAAUCCUGAAGUACCUCCAGCACCCCCAACAACAUUCGAUGAAAAGGAACUCAAUGCACGCUUGACAUUGUCGUCGCAUGGUAAAAGAACCAAAUUCUUUGCUGUGAAUAAAACCGAUCCAAUAGAUCCUCGUACGCCACGAAAACGUAAAACACGACAUUCAUUAAAUCCACCGGUUGAAGGUCAUGUUGGAUGGGUGUUGGAUAGUGUUGAACAUCGUCCACGCACAUCAAGCGUUGGAAGUUCAGCUGGGACAAGUCCAGCAACAUCAAGCUAUGGUUCAGUGCCACAAAGUUUGCCAGCAUUUCAACAUCCAUCACAUUCGCUUCUACGGGAAAAUAACUUUACGCAACAAGCUUAUCAUAAAUUUCGCAGUCGUUGCUUAAAGGAACGUAAGCGUCUCGGACAAGGACAAUCACAAGAAAUGAAUACGCUCUUUCGUUUUUGGUCAUUCUUUUUGCGUGAGAAUUUCAAUAAGACGAUGUAUGAUGAAUUUAGAAGAGUCGCAUUGGAGGAUGCUCUUCUUGGCUUUCGAUAUGGUUUGGAAUGUCUUUUUCGUUUUUAUUCUUAUGGGUUGGAGAAGAAAUUUAGAGCGCAACUGUAUGAAGAUUUUCAAACUGAAACUAUUAAUGAUUACGAAUCAGGUCAACUUUAUGGAUUGGAAAAGUUUUGGGCGUUUAUGAAAUAUUAUAAGAAUGCUGAUCAACUUGAAGUUGGUGAUAAGUUGCGUGGAUACUUGAAUCAAUUUGUGACGAUUGAAGACUUUCGUGUUGAAGAGCCAGAAAUAAAUGAGCGAUUGCCAAGCGGCGGUGGAGGUAGCGGUGACAUCAGCGGCAAAGGCUCAAGUAAAGAACAACAUCGCAGCCUUUUUGAAAACGACACAACUGCCCAAAAUGUUGUUGAUGUUGCACCGAAAGCUGCAUCAGCCAGCGAUGUUUAGGUUUAAUGCAAAAAAAAGAAAAUGUGUUUUAAGGAUUUUUUUUCUUUGAUUUGAUUUCAAUUAAUUAAUUUUUUUUCUCUCAGCGCUGUGCUCAAUGGGAGGAAAUUUUUUUCGUCGUGAAUAAGAAAAAAAAUGUUUUCUUUUUGCUCUGAACUUUUCAGAAAAUAUUAAUUUAACUUCUUUGCAAACGACUCGGUUCGUAAUGCUUCUUAUAACUAAAACAAGUUAAUAUUAUUUAAGUUUUCUUCUUUAUUCUUUAUCAUUUUCUUCUGUUCUCAAUUUUACUGUAGAAAACAGAAAAAAAUGAUUUUCUUCUACGAUUCGAUUUUUUUUAGUAAAACGUAUUUACCAUGAAAAAUGUUGUUAAUUAAUAGGAAAACUCACAUGUUUUUCGCAAAUUUAUUCUUCAAACAAAUACACGAGUAAACAAUUUAAUAAAAUUAAGGAAAAAACGAAA